CGGCGUCGGGAGCGGAGCUGGGAGGCGCGCGCAGCGCCGGCGGAGAAGGAGGAUCCCGAGUUCAAGUCAGCGGAACCACUGGUGGUAACGAAACCUUGCACCAAGCGCAUACAUCAGAUAGAAGAAGACGACUCUGAGGGGAGUGGGUGGGGGGUCCGGCCUUACGAGGGGGCUCAGACGACCUCUCCUGCCAGCAGGUUGGCAGCCACGAGCCAAACUCCAGCGGCCGUAAAUUCCCCCUCUUAAGCCUGGGUUCCUCGCGGGUGCGCUCUAGUGUAGCGCACGGUGCGCUCCUCACCGCAAGUCUUCCCUCCUCUUCCCGCGGGCUCCCGCGCCAGGUCCUGCCAUGGAGCUGCGCUCCGAGCUCCCCAGCGUGCCCGGCGCGGCCACGGCGGCCGGGACAGCGACUGGGCCGCCCGUAGCGUCCGUGGCCUCGGUGGCGGCGGCUGCAGCCGCGGCCGCUUCGCUGCCGGUGAGCGUGGCGGGAGGCCUGCUGCGGGCGCCGCCGCUGCUGUUGCGCGCCGCGGAGAAGUACCCCAGGACCCCCAAGUGCGCGCGCUGCCGCAACCACGGCGUGGUGUCGGCGCUCAAGGGCCACAAACGGUACUGCCGUUGGAAGGACUGCCUGUGCGCCAAGUGCACGCUUAUCGCCGAGCGCCAGCGCGUCAUGGCGGCGCAGGUGGCGCUGCGCAGGCAACAGGCGCAGGAGGAGAACGAGGCGCGCGAGUUGCAGCUGCUCUACGGCACCGCCGAGGGCCUGGCGCUAGCAGCCGCCAACGGCAUCAUCCCGCCUCGACCCGCCUACGAGGUCUUCGGUUCUGUGUGCGCCACGGAUGGCGGGGGGCCGGGAGCUGGCACGCCCGCGGGGACCGGAGGCGGCGCAGCGGGCGCUGGAAGCUCAGAGGCCAAGUUACAGAAGUUUGACCUGUUUCCCAAGACGCUGCUUCAAGCAGGCCGCCCUUGCAGCCCGCAGCCCCCGGGAAAGCCCUUAUCACCCGACGGCGCGGACUCGGGGCCUGGGACUUCGUCCCCGGAGGUACGGCCGGGCUCAGGCUCAGAGAACGGUGACGGCGAGUCCUUUUCGGGGUCUCCCUUGGCCCGGGCCUCCAAAGAGGCAGGUGGCAGCUGCUCAGGUAGCGCUGGCCCAGGAGGUGGCGGCGAGGAAGACAGCCCGGGCUCUGCCAGCCCUCUGGGCUCCGAAUCCGGUUCGGAGGCUGACAAAGAAGAGGCAGAGGCUGUGCCUGCGCCAGGGCUAGGCGGGGGUCCGGGUCCACGGCAGCGGACGCCGCUGGACAUCUUGACGCGCGUCUUCCCGGGCCACCGGAGAGGUGUCUUGGAGCUAGUGCUGCAGGGCUGCCGCGGCGACGUGGUGCAGGCCAUCGAGCAGGUGCUGAACCACCACCGCGGAGGCCUGACAGCCGGCCUCGGCCCCACCUCACCCCCGGAUAAGGCAGCAGUGGGUGUCGUAGCAGCCGCGGACGACGCGUGGCCUGGCCGCGUCGACGCCGCGGCCGCCGGGGCUCCCGGGCUGCCCGCACCGCUGCAGGCAGGCCCCGCCGCGCCUCCGCACCACAGACCUUUGCUGGCCGGCGCCAUGGCGCCUGGGGCGCUUGGCUCGCUGAGCAGCCGCUCGGCCUUCUCGCCCCUGCAGCCCAACGCCAGCCACUUCGGCGCAGACGCAGGCGCCUACCCGCUGGGCGCACCCCUGGGCCUCAGCCCCCUGCGCCUGGCCUACUCCGCGGCCGCGGCGCACAGCCGCGGGCUCGCCUUCAUGGCGCCCUACUCCACGGCGGGCCUGGUGCCCACACUGGGCUUCCGUCCGCCCAUGGACUACGCCUUCAGCGAUCUCAUGCGCGACCGCUCAGCCGCCGCUGCAGCCGUGCACAAGGAGCCGACCUACGGCGGCGGCCUGUAUGGGCCUAUGGUCAAUGGUGCCCCUGAGAAGCAGUAGGGCGCGGGGCCGCCAGCCGGGUGGCCUCCCAACAGGGACCCUCGCUGGGUCCCCGCGGGCCGCCGGCCCCCUCCGCCCCGUGUGCUUUCUGCGCCCUUGCUGGGGUCUUCUUGCUCCAAGGUGGUUUUCGGUUUUGUUUUGGAGGGAGGGUGGGUUUGGAGAAAUGAGCAACGGAUGGAGAUGUUCUCGGAGAGAACCCGAGUCCUCAUGCCCACACCCCCUCUUUUAAGGCUCCCCCAGCCCUACUAAAGGCCGGGAAUUCUUAAGAAUUCGGAGGCUGCGGCCGCUGCGCUCGCUCCUGCCUCUCCUUUAGCUAUGCUCAUCCCGCCCGCGCGCCCGCCCGCGCUCUCAAAUGGAUGGCAGGAUAGUCCGAGAGUCUGUCUUCUGUGUCUCCCCCUCCCUUAUAAUUUUUUUUUAAAUAUUUGCUCUAACAAAUAUAAAUUUAGGAUGUAUAAAUCUCUUGGCACUGAGUCGAGUCUUUGGGACAC